UGCCCCCGUGCCUGACGCUGUUCGUAACCGCCCCUGGUUAAAGCCGUUUUAUUAGACGACAAUGGAGCCCGUUCGAGAGGAUGCCGAAUGGUUCCGCGGAGGAGAGCGUUCUGCUUUCAUCCCUUCGCCGACCCAGCCUGUUCACAGCGAAUGGAGACCUCCAUUGGGGUGGGCCGGACCGCCACGCGAUUCGCGUUUCCUGGCUGAGGGCCCAUGGUCGGCAGCAGCUGCAGCACCCGAUCGCAGCUAUGCCGGUUACUACUACGAAGGCAGCGCCGGGCCCGAUUCCGAGCAGUUGCUGGAGCCCGAUGAAGCGGCAGAGCCCUCGAACUCGCCAAGUCUGAGAUUCGUCCUCGGCGUUGCUUUCGCGGGGAUCCUCUUGGGCGUCGGCCUUCUCGUCGUCCACAGCCGGCUGUCGCCGCUCGACAUCAGCCCGCGCGUCGAGGAGGACGACGGGGAGCGGCGGCUCGACGUGGCGCCGAACACAUUCGGCGAGCGCCUCAUUCAGCGGGGGAUGGUGCUGCCGGACAUCGGCGAACUCGGCAACAGGAAAACGACGACCCAUGUGGCGGGCAGGGCGGCGAACGGAGGCACAGCUCGACCAGUGCUGACGAGUGCGAAGACGAGCCGCGAGACGACGACACCUGCCACAGCGGUGACCACGACUCGGGGCGAAGACGACGCGCAACCGAGACGCGCUGCCGCUGACGAGUCGUGCAGCCGUCACGUGUACACGCACUGUGUGCAGCCGCAGCCGGAGUUCUACUACAACGCCGACAUUCGAGCCUGCGUCCCGGCGGCCGCGGACACCGUGCACCUGUGUAACCGCGGCUCCAACCGGUUUUCGAGUUUGGAGAGCUGCCUCACCAGCUGCGUCAACGGUCGCCACGUCUCGGACCACUGCUACGAAAGCACGCUGUUUUUUCCCUGCGACCGGCAAGACGUGCUGGAUGUGCCCUGGUACUUCGACGGCACGAAGUGCGUCGCAUGGACUUUCCCGCAAGGCACCUGCUUGUCCGUGGCUCGCCGGGGCGUGUUCCGCAGCUCGGCAGAGUGCCGCCGGCGCUGCGUGCUCCGUACGGAGCUGGAGUGCGCCCAUCCGCCCCCGGCUGAGGCGUGCCCGCCUCGGCAACUGCGUCACCCUUAUUUCGCCGACAUGCAGGCAGCUGGCGGCGCUCGCUGCGUCAACGCCUCCCGGCGGACGCUGCAGUCACGGCGGUGCCUCGUCGGCUCCAACCAGUUCGCUUCACUCGCCGCCUGUCGCAAAGCUUGCGUCGGAAAUUAGUAUCUUCCAUACUGCACAUGGCGCCCCCAUAUUUGCCUGAUAAAGGCCUAUAUUAUACACGUAAUGACAUAUAAAUUCAAUGUGUGUGUCGAAACGAACGCCUCUUUUUGACUAGUAUUUUCCAGACGAUGUUAUCCUGCAGUGUGAGUAUAAAAGUUGCAAACUCGGAUAAGGUUCCUCAGAUCUUUAACGGUAAAAUAGAGCAAUUAAAGGUCAAGCC